UUCAAGGGGCUUUGCCGUUCAUUCUAAGCAGGGCGAGCAGGGAAUCAUUUACUGUUCCUGACGCGUAAGGCUGCCCCUAUACGCCUUUGGUCAUCACCGCCGAUAAAGGAUGAUAGACUUGAUUAUAUAGCGCAAAUUAUUAACAAAAGUAUCCUUACAAUCCACAGUGAAGAAAGAGGACAAGACAAACUAUGAUCCGAGGAUGAUUUCUGCUAAGAAAACUCCGGAGAAGAGUCGUUAUCCUAUCCACUAUUUGGUGUGGCACAACAAACACCGACAGCUGGAGAAAGAGCUGGCAACGAACGAGCAGACUGAUCUAGAGCCUCUGGACCCUCGUGGUCGGACUCCUCUCCACCUGGCUGUCACACUGGGCCACCUGGAAUGCACCAGGGUCCUGCUGCAGCAUGGAGCUGACGUUAGCAAGGAGAACCGCAAUGGAUGGACCGUUCUUCAGGAGGCAGUGAGCACCAGAGAUCCGGAGUUGGUGCGUCUCGUGCUUCGUUACCGUGACUACCAGAGAACUGCCAAGAGACUGGCGGGCAUCCCCGUCCUGCUGGAGCGGCUGCGCCAAGCCCAGGACUUCUAUGUGGAGAUGAAAUGGGAGUUUACCAGCUGGGUGCCCCUGGUGUCUCGUAUCUGCCCCAGCGACACCUACAGAGUUUGGAAGAGUGGUCAAUGUCUCCGUGUUGACACCACCCUGAUGGGCUUUGAACAGAUGACCUGGCAGAGAGGAAACAGGAGCUUCAUUUUCAGGGGACAAGACUCCAGCGCAGAAGUGAUGGAGGUGGACCACGACAGGCAGCUGGUGUACUGUGAGACCCUGUGCGUCUCAUCUCUCACAGCGCUUUCACCUGGCCGGGGGAAUGGGGGCGCCUGCAGCAGCAAUGCUGCCAGUUUGGGUCUUCUGGGGGCGACGCAGCCCAGCGACGAGCAGGUAGCAGCCAGGCUGUCUGCCCCUGUGGUGACCACUCAGCUGGACACCCGCAACAUUGCCUUUGAGAGGAAUAAGACGGGUAUCCUGGGUUGGAGAAGUGAGAAGACUGAAACAGUGAAUGGAUAUGAAGCCAAGGUGUAUGCAGCAUCCAACGUGGAGCUCAUCACCAGGACCAGAACUGACCAUCUGUCAGACCAGAACAAGAACAAGACAAAAGGUGGGAAGACUCCACUGCAGAACUUCCUCGGUAUUGCAGAGCAACACAUGGGUCCUAACAACGGGGCCCUGGUGACCCAGAUGUCGAGUCCUGCGGUGACCAACCCCUCAGCACUGACGGCUGAGGAAUACUUCAACCCCGGCUUGUCAUCGACUCAGAGGGACAUUGGCCACCCGUGCCAGCUCACCACAAAGACCCAGAGGUUUAAAGCCAAGUUGUGGUUGUGUGAGUCCCAUCCUCUGUCCCUGGCAGAACAAGUGGUGCCUAUCAUCGAUCUCAUGGCGAUCUCGAAUGCCCUGUUCGCCAAGCUGCGUGACUUCAUCACUCUGCGCUUGCCGCCUGGUUUCCCUGUCAAGAUCGAGAUCCCUCUCUACCACAUCCUAAAUGCUAGGAUCACCUUCAGCAACCUGAACGGCUGUGAGGAGGGGACAGGUGGCCGUGCUGACAACGAAGUCGGGGUGGAGGGGGACGGACAGAGAGACGCCCCAAGGACAGACACACCGUCUCCAGGCAGUGACUCCUCCAGUGUCUCCAGCUCCAGCUCCACCAUGUCGUGUCGAGCCGGAGAGAUUCCCCCAUGUGUGUUUGAGCCCCCGCCUGGAUACACCAUGCUAGGUGGCAAACAGAGAGACAGCAUGAGGGAGGAGGAGGAGGAUCUGCUGCAGUUCGCCAUACAGCAGAGUCUGCUGGAGGCCGGCUCCGAAUAUGAUCAGGUGACCAUCUGGGAGGCACUGACCAACAGCAAGCCAGGAACACACCCCCUGUCCUGUGACCCGAGUCGCCUGGAGAGGACGCCCCAGCACAAGCCCCGCCCACCCUCCAGCCUCUGCUCCACCCCUUCUAAGAAGCAGCCUAACACCUGCAGCUAUGACGAGCAGCUGCGCAUCGCCAUGGAGAUCUCAGCCCGGGAGCAGGAGGAGGCGGAGCUGCGGCGGCGGCAAGAGGAGGAGGAGCUACAGCGCAUCAUCCAGCUGUCACUCAUGGAGAAAUGAGAGCUGAGUGGCCUAGCAGGGGGGCGGGCGGAGGUCUGAAGGGUGGGGUCUGGACCAAGGACACAUGGGAGAAAAGGGCAGUAUAGGCUACUUUAAAACUUAAAGCACACUGUGUAAGUGGCUGGAAAAAGUCAUCUUAGUGGUUUCAUACGAUCAAAUUGCCUCCUCCUUUCUCUCCCAUCACCUGAGCCAGACCUCUCCCCCAAAGCCAUAUGGUGAUGCAGCUGUCCAGGCCUCAGACAGCCGGAGAGGGACCCCCCAGGUUUCCUCUUUCUGGUGCCACAAGGUACUUUUCUUGACCAGUGCCAGUUUACAACCAACAAUACAUCCAAUACAACAAGUUUAGAAUGCCUCCUUGGAUGAGUGAUUUCUGUCUGUUUGCAGGUGUGUGUGUGUGUGUGUGUGUGUGUGUGUGUGUGUGUGUGUGUGUGUGUGUGUGUGUGUGUGUGUGUGUGUGUGUGUUUCAAAACCAGCUCUCGUGCAGGAGUCAACAGGGCACCUUCUGUCCUGUAAAGGUAGUGUGUUAGGCCAACUCUCCGCUCCAGCACUAACACACACACUCACUCUGUGAGUCCUUUUGCCACUGAGUUGUGUGGGCUUCAGUCUUAACUGUGAUUGUGUGGAAGGAGCAGUGACAGGGCCGGCGGUGUGGUCAAAACUGUCUUCUUCAUUAAAGGUUGGUCAAGUUGAGUUGAAUGUCGAUAAACCAUCUGACUUCCUCAGUUUUUAAUGAGAAACAUUUAAAAAAAAUAUUAAAAAAAUACAAAAAAACAGACUGGUAUAUUUCUUUUUUUGAUUUGCACAAAAUCCAGAUGUACUGUACUUAGCUUGUGGGUGGAUCACAUAUAUGACUGUUAAUGGAUAUAGAUGAUGAGUUUGAGCACAAAGUAAACUCAGGCCAGCUCUAGUUUUAGCCUGACGUUAGACUUGCAGCAGCACAGAUUUGACGAGACUACCGGAUGAACACUUGGUGUACUAACUAUACUGUAUGUGAAUGCGAAUGACUUUGUCGCAGGCUUGUGUGUAAUCCAAACAAUAAAGGGACAAUGCUUGUGGUUUGUAAGUGGAUUGUGGAGUAGAAAUGUAUCUGAAAGAGAUUUUCUGUAUAUUUGCAUCUUCUCACCUUUAAUGAGCGGAUGAUUUCUGUGUUUCUAUGUAGUCACGGUACAGUGUGUGUACAAUAUUUCAGCAUGGUCUGCACCCGUAUGAGGAUCGUUUUGUCUGACUUGAGUCCAGCCUGGAGACCUGCAAUAUCAGAGGACGCGCUCUGACGGAAAAAUUUUCCCCCGGAAGAGUCACUGUAGAGACGAUCAGCAGCAAGGUUAGGUUUUAUUGCACCUUAAGAGCAACUCACCACAACAUGCUGGAAACAAAAAGCGCAAAAUCAUCCAACAAAAAAACAAUGGAUUGGCAAGAUUGUUCAAGUUGUUCUAGGUCUCAUAAUUGCAAGUAACUUUUAUUGCAGGGCUCAAGGCUAGCCAAACCAUGAGAAACAUGUUUUGUUGCAAGAGACGGGAGGAGAGGACCAGCUUGUUUUUUCUUCUGUUUCUUUUUAUAUUAUUUCUUUGAAAGAAAUGUAAAACUUUCACACUCCAAUAUCAGCACAAACUGAGGAGGACCACCUCUCUGCCUCCUCUGUAAUUCAUAGUCAAGCUUGCCUGGUUGAUAAGAAAAAUAUUCAUUUUUUUACUUUUUAAAAAAUGUUGCAGAAAAGAGACGCAGCCGAAUGUUUUCAUGGUGUAUGCUGGGAGAUGAAUUCAGAUAAUGAUUCAAAUAAAGAAACAUCUUUUUGGAGCAGCAAUGUACAAGUGGGUUAU